AUGUCUGCUACAGAACAAGAAAUCUUAGACUCAUUCCCUCAAAUUUCACCACCAACCAAGGAAACUGGAUACACAUCAAACUUGACUGAUGAUCAAAAGAAGACCUUAGAACAAUUGCGUGCUGAGUUAACUGCUGAUGGUUACAAAGAGCGUUUAGAUGAUGCAACUUUGUUGAGAUUUUUAAGAGCAAGAAAGUUUGACAUUGUCAAGGCCAAGCAAAUGUAUGUCAAGUGUGAGACAUGGAGAAAGGACUUUGGUACUAAUACCAUAUUGACUGACUUCCAUUACGAUGAAAAGCCAUUAGUAGCCAAGUUAUAUCCUCAAUACUACCACAAGAUUGACAAAGACGGACGUCCGGUUUACUUUGAAGAAUUAGGAAAGGUUAACUUGAACGAGAUGUUAAAGAUCACUACUCAAGAAAGAAUGUUGAAGAAUUUGGUCUGGGAAUACGAAUCUUUUGCCUUAUACAGACUACCAGCAUGUUCUCGUCAACAAGGAUCAUUAGUUGAAACAUCAUGUACUAUCAUGGACUUGAAGGGUAUUUCUUUGUCAGCAGCCUAUCAAGUCGUCAAUUACGUCAAGGAAGCUUCGGCAAUUGGUCAAGAUUAUUACCCUGAAAGAAUGGGUAAGUUUUAUCUUAUUAACUCUCCAUUUGGAUUCUCGACAGCUUUCAGGGUUUUCAAACCAUUCUUAGACCCUGUCACUGUUUCUAAAAUUUUCAUUCUUGGUUCCUCAUACCAGAAGGAAUUAUUGAAGCAGAUUCCACCUGAGAACUUACCUGCUAAAUACGGUGGUAAGUCUGACGUUACAGAUGAUCAAUUGUAUUUGAAUGAUAUUGGUCCAUGGAGAGAUCCUAAAUAUAUUGGUCCUGAAGGUGAAGCACCUAGAUCGUUUAAUAUGAACUAA